AUGCCGUCACUUUGGAUGAACCCACGUCAAGUUACACAGCUAGUGCUUGAAACAAUCGGUCAUAUUAACACACCAACUGUCAAUUUGAACAACGAUUGCAUAUUUUUUGAGAGACACCAUUCAAAUACUAGUUGUGAAUCCCAUCCAAGGAUUUUUUCUCUCUUUUUUUAAGGAAAACGUUAAUUUCAGCAGAAACUUUACGUUGUCCUUGAUUUGUCUAUCUUUGACAUGCUUGCAGCUAAGAGAUAUUUAACAACUUACUUAUCUAUAUUAUGCUACAGACAUACAUGACCGCUAAUUUCUUUUCCUCCGUUGAAGAUUGCCCAUGUCCCGUUGUAGCCUUUUUCCGUGUUCUUUAGCUCCUACACUCUUUUCUUAAACAUAAUUAAAUCCCUGUUCGACAGCUUCCUCUGAAUAGCUGUUCUUAGAUGAUCUUCAUGCGUGGGAAACGGUAUCCAAGGAUAUUUAUCGCCUUUGAUAUCCCAAUGAGGAUUAAAGACUCGGUUGAGCCUCCUUGAGAGACCACAAAUCAGAUUCUUAGGAAAUGUGGGUUGGAAUUGACCCAAAUGAACUUGGUCCGUUGAAAAUAAGAAUAUGAACUUGUUUCGAUGGUACCCGAUUGUUUUAUGCACUUUGUUUGCAUGCACAAAUAGACAUUAAAUUGUAAUUGUACGUUGUAAACUUUGUCUGCAGCUUUCUCACCUUUCUUCUUGUUUGGGUCUAGAUUCAUCAGUUGAGAAUAAUUUAUAUUAGACGGAAGUAGACUGAUAAUUUUAGUAGAUAUUUUAUGACAAUAAAAAUGAGGAAAUAGACGUUUAGGUGGGUGGUGAACGUCACAUUCUAUCAUAUGAGAAACGAGUUCAAUGUCCUUUAUCUUUCGGUAGACCAAGAGCAACCUCCAUUGUUUCAUUAAUUCCGUAAAAAUACUGACUCGACUCCAAGUCCUUUUUUUUUAGAUUUGAUCAUAAAGGUUGCGGACUUUCUUGGGUGAUUGACUUGUCGAGCUAGCGUUGACACUUAUCGCCUAGCUUAACAUUCUCAGGCCGCAGGAACUGUUUUUAUCCAAGUUUUUAUUUUUUCUUUUUUCUUUCCGUCAACCACAUACAUCUUUGGUUAAGAUAGCGUCAUCAAGGAAGAGUCAACACAGAAAUCGGAGUUCCCCUUCAUCAGUAUCCGUCUUGAUUUGCCAGGUGUUCCCCGCUUUGGGCAAUUCCGUCGUGACGCCGUCAAUAUUCUUCGGGCCGUCGCAGCCACCGGUGACGUCAAGCUCCGGCGACCCUUUCCUGUGGAACGCCUUCAUCAAGACGUCUUCCCACGGUCCCGACCCCGGCGGGGCCGUUCUCACUUUCUCGCGAAUGGUGGCCCAUGGGAUCCUCCCCGACAGGUUCUCAUUCUCGCUUGUGCUCAAGGCGUGCCCCCGUGCGGCCUUCCUGGGCGAGGGCCUGCAGAUUCACGGCGUGUUGAUGAAAUCCCGCCUCUAUUCGGACCUCUUCUUGCAGAAUUCCCUAAUCGGUAUCUACUGCCGGUGCGGUUUCUCGGGGCCGCCCGCCAGCGGGCCGAUAGAAUGCGCAAGCGAUAUUUUAUCUCCUGCAACCUGAUCAUCAACGGAUACUCCAUGACGGGCAUGAUGCCUUCUGCUCAGGAGAUCUUUGAUCAGAUGGCGGAAGACAAACGCGGCUCAGUUUCCUGGAACUCUAUGAUCUGCGGGUACGCACGGCUGGGCCGCAAGGGCACAUCGACGCUGCUGCCAGGCACCUGUUCGCUCAAAUGCCCGCUCGAGAUUCCUUCUCUUGGAACUCCAUGAUCGACGGCCUCGUGAAGUGCGGGAGGCUGGCCGACGCAGCGGCUCUGUUUGAGCAGAUGCCGGAGAAGAAUGUGCUCGCCUGGGCCAGCAUGAUCUACGGUCACAUGGAAGCUGGGAACGUCGAACUUGCCCGAGCCUUGUUCAACGAAAUGCCUGAUAAGGAUCUAAUCACAUGGAACAUCAUGAUCUCCGGGUACGCCAAGAAUGGCUGUUUCAUUGAAGCCCUCUCCCUCUUCCAGGAGAUGCCCUCGAGGGGUAAACUCCACCCCGACAGCACAACUCUGGCAGCCGCCCUCUCUGCGAUCGCCGAAUUAGGUCAGAUCAACGACGGGCUGUCUAUUCACGAGUAUAUUCAGAGAAACUAG